AAUGAUCCUGAAUAGUGUCACCACUGCCAUAAAGGCUUCUUCUUCUUCUUCUAUUGACUUUUAUGGCGGAUGGCAAACCGACUUAUGGUGCAUUUACCGCCACCAACUGGACUGGAGUGUGAAGCACUGGGGGACAGAAAUGACACCGAUUCUGUGGAAUGACCAAUAACUUGACAGGUUCAGUGGAAACAUCGAGAGAAAAAAACACAGAGGUGUUAAACUGGAAGUAUAAAGCACAUGAAGAGUAAGAGAAAGCUCACAGAGUCGUCUUCAUCUCAUUGACUGCAGACAACAACACAACAAUGAUGAAGAAAAUGUUUCUCAUGUUUGUUUAUCUCUCUUUGUGCUUCUGCUGUCUGAUGGGUGUGUUUGGUGAUGAAGUGAAGUCAGUGUCAGUGAUGGAGGGAGAUUCUCUUACUCUAUAUACUGAUACUAAACUACAGACAGAUGAUGUGAUAAUGUGGAGAUUUGGACCUGAAGAGGCCCGUAUAGCUAAAAUCAACAAAGAGAAAAAUAAGAUCUUAAUAAAUGACACUGUUCUUGAUGGGAGAUUCAGAGACAGACUGCAGUUAAAUAAUCAGACUGGAGAUCUCACCAUCACAAACAUCACAACUCAACACACUGGACUUUAUCAAAUAAUCAUCAAAGGCAACAGAGAGACCUCAUACAGAUUUAAUGUUUCUGUCAAUGCUCGUCUGCCCGUUCCUGUCAUCAGCAGAGUUUCUUCACAAUGUUCUUCAUCAUCAUCAUCAAAUUGUUCAUUAUUGUGUUCAGUGUUGAAUGUGAGAGAUGUGAGUCUGUCCUGGUACAAAGGAAACAGUUUAUUGUCCAUCAUCAGUGUGUCUGAUCUCAACAUCAGACUCUCUCUACCUCUGGAGGUUGAAUAUCAGGAUACAAACACAUACAGCUGUGUACUCAACAAUACCAACACAAACCAAACUCAACAUCUCAACAUAACUCAUCUCUGUCAGACGUGUUCACAUACAACAGGUCUCACCUUCGUUCAUAAAGUUGUGAUCUGUUGUGUUGCUGUUGGAUGUCUGAUGAUUGUAGCUUUAAUUCUGAUCUUCUGGAGCUACAGGAAAUACACAAACACACAGAAACACGUUCAGACCAGUGAACAGGAAAUCACGUACGCAGAAGCAACUUUCCAUCAGAAACAAAGAUGUAAACCGAGAGCUUCAGUGGAGACCAAUGUGGUGUAUGCCGGAGUCAUGAGACGAUGAUCAUACUUCAAACAAAAACUGUAAAAUAUUAUCAAAUACACUAUGAUUAAAAUAAUAAAGAAUCAAAGUGGUUUUAAAACACAAUGGGCUUCAUUUGAAGAGUUCAGAUGCAAAAGCUGCUAAAACGAUAUACUUUUGUUAAAAAUGAGAUAAUGAUUGUAUUAUACAUAGGGGGUAAUUUUUUAUAUAUUAUAUAUAAUUAAAUAUAUAUAUAUAUAUAUAUAUAUAUAUAUAUAUAUAUAUAUAUAUAUAUAUAUAUUUUUUUUUUAUAUUAAAAAAUAACUUUUAUUUUGUAUAUAAUUUUAUUUUGUAUAACUUUUAUUUUGAAUAAUCUUCGCCUAGCGCUAAAUACUAAUUAACAAGAAAUUAUGCCAGACGCAAUUAGCGGGUUUAGCAUCGGUGCUCUUCAUAGCUCACACAACACACGCACACGCGCAUGAAAUUAGAUGGCUGUUAUUGCAUAUUGCUGUACUAAAUACUAAAGUAAUUUAUUCUGUGAACGAGAAUCACAUUUUCCAUUUGUUACUGUAAACAAAAUCACGAUUUUUUACUUUUUCUCAUUAUUCAGACAUGAAACGGCUAAAAAAAACAUCUUCACGCUAAAUGUAUGUUUGAUAACUUAAAACUUCUGUAAACGAGGUGUAACCUGACAUGAGUUUGUAAUGUACCUACGGCUCAUGUUUGUCCAUAUUGAUAAAUGGUAAAUCUUUCGUGGAAAUGGCCGGACGUUUUCUGUCAUACGCUAGUUUCAUAAAUGAGGCCCAAAGUUAAGUGUUUUAUUUUUGUCAUUGAAUGCUUUACCUCUGGGUUGAAGUUCAACCUGACAUGGAAAGAAAUGUGGUUUUGUUCUGCUGGUGGACAUGAGAUGUGUUUGACUAAUAGUGGCUGAUGUGUAUCUGUGUGUGUACAGUAUGUGAGAGGUAAGACUUGUGUGUGUGUGUUUUGCAGUUUUCCACUCUACAAAAAUAAAUUUACUAUGAAUUAUCGAUUUCAUCAAUGCAAAUAAAAGUUUUUUUUUUAUUAAACUGUAUUACUGUGAAUUUAAAUAAAGAGAUUUAUGACUCAUGACA